AUGCAUUCAUUCAUUCAUUCUUCAUUUAUACUUUCUUUUUUCUCAUUUUUAAAUUUUCUUGAUUUAUUUACAACUGGCUAUUUCAUUUUCUUUUUCUUUCUUUAUUUUAUUUUAUAUCAUUCCAUCAUUUUCUUUUCUUCUUUCUUUUACAUUUAUUGGUUUAUAUAUGUCUGGAUACUUCCUUUUGUUUUUCCCAUAUUCCUAAAUUUAUGUUCUUUCUUUCUUUCUUUUGAAUCCACUCUUUGUUUGUCUCUUUCUUUCUUUCUUUCUUUCUUUCUUUCUUUCUUUCGUGCUUGCUUUAUUUAUUUCUUUAUUUCAUUGUUUCUUUCUUUUUUUCUUUCUUUUUUUUCUUUCUUUCUUUCUUUCUUUCUUUCUUUCUUUCUUAUCCACUCCAUUCUUUUAUUUACAUACUUUGCUUGUUUUAUUAAUGUGUUUUUCUUUGCUCUUUGUUUGUUUGUUUGUUUCUUUCUUUCUUUCUUAUUUAUUCAUUUAUUUCCGACUCUUCUUAAAGUCUGCUGGUUUAUUUAUUUAUUCAUUAUUUCUUAUAUUUGUAUAUUAUUUGUUUGUUGUUUUUUUUUUCUUGCACUCCUUUUCUUUCUCUUAUUGAUUUGUUUUGUUUUCAUCGUUUUAUUUUACUUUUCCCUAAUAUUUCUUUCUUUCUUUCUUUUUUUUUUCUUCCUUUCUUUCUUUCUUAUCCAUUCGUAA